AUGCCGUGUUCAAUCUGGCUGCCAGCAGGAGAUUUCGUCCUUCUACCACCCGAACUGCUCCAUCAAAUCAUAUCACACCUGCCACUCUCCGCUGCCAUCGCGCUCAAGCUCGUCAACAAAGCUCUAUUCCGAGCAGUCCGCCUUCCGAGCGACACUCUCAGCAGAGACUCUCGUUACAAGCUUCCGUACUGCGAGCAAGAUGCCAUCCGCCGCAACAUCAAUGAGUACUGGGUUAUGAAGAGCUGCAGGCGUAGGUGCGCGGUCUGCGACAGUGUCCAGCAUCUGCGUGACUUUCCGGAGAGCAGCGCCGCUUGCCAUUUCCACGACGAGCGCUUGACGAUGGGAGUUGAGGAGCACUUCUCGAAGCCGUGGGACGAGCUGCUGGCGACAGCCGAAGGCUCCAUGGUAGUCUCGAAGCGUCCGUUCUGUAUGCACAAACGUGAACUCGUGCCGCAAGAUGCGAGUAAUUGCUCGUGCGGAUGCCCUAGUUGCGCACAUCCAGAGGUAGUCUGCUUCUCCCGAGCAGGAGAUCUCGCAUUCGUUUGA